GGGCCUCUGUGUACCUGAAAUGCCAGGGCCUAUUUUAAUUCUCAGUCCGGACCUGCUGGCAAAUCACUGAGCAGAGUUAACCCCUUCCCCGUCAGGUGCCACUGAGUGAUAUUUAACCCCCUUUUCAAACUCCUUUAUUCCUGGCAUUUCGUGCCAGGGCACCGGGUAACACACAGUAUUAGCAGCUGACUUUCUGUGAAGCAUCCGCCAGUCUAUGGGACACAGUGUUAGCGCAAUUAGAGCUUUCUGUUUCACCCCGCCCCUUCUCCAGAGUAGAACAGAAGUCAGACACGCCCCCUUCCCAGCAUGCAGCGGGAGCCUCCAGUCAGCUGGUAAUUGAGGAAGUGAGUUCAGUGAUUUACUUGGAAUACCAGGCUGGUGCCAUGCAGAUGCACUUUGUCUUUUCCGAGAAUGUGACUCUGCUCUUUGAAUUUUGGACUGUUCAGACACUGGCAGGUCUGAUACUAUCCUGCCUGGUUGCCCUGGUCCUCACCGUCGUAUAUGAAUUCUCCAAGGUCUGGAAGUCCAAUCUUCUCAGCCGGGCACUGCACACCUUUCCUAUAAGAUCUGCCCAUGAACCUACUCCAUCCUCAACCCCUGACCCUGAGUCCAGCUCAAACAUAGUCUCUGAUCCCUUGUUGCCUCCAGCCUCCCUACCCCACCAACAUGCAGUGAGACCGACGUCUGUGACUGUGGAGCGCAUCCAGCCUAGUUCCAGAUGGUGGUUCCUGCAUUCUUUUGUCGCCCUGCUGCACAUGGCCCAGGUUGUACUGGGAUACAUGCUCAUGCUCUGUGUCAUGUCCUACAAUGCCGCCAUCUUCAUUGCAGUGCUCCUUGGAUCUGGUCUUGGGUAUUUUCUUGCUUUUCCACUACUUUCAAAAUACCCCAAACCCCACGUUAUGUAAGGGAGAGAAGUGGUGUUUAAGACGCAAAUUUCCAUUACCUCUGGUCUUCAGCCAUUGGCUGGCUAAGGAUCGAACGCGUGACGUGGAUCAGAAGUGUUGUCACGCCUACCCAAUGGGAAAGGUUGAUGUUUGUCUUCCUAAUGCUUGAUUUGCACAAAGCCAUGUUACAGGCCUAUUAAUGCACUGGUGCCUUAUUUACUUAUUCCCACUCAGUAACCAAUUUAAAGCACAAACGUGUAUUUAGGAGCAUCUCUGCAGUUACAAGAAAGCUCACAGGGUUUAGGGAUUUCUCAGUGGGGUGUAAUGGUAUCCUCUCAUCCACUUGUACCACUUGGAGGGUAUCAUCAAACGUAUCUAGCUUUAACUGGGGUUUGACAAGAAAUGCAACAGGGUCGUGGGCAUUUCAUUGCUGCUACUUUUGCCCACGUGCCAUUAAAUUGCAGGCAAGAAUUUAAGUUCAAGUUCUAUAUUAUAUUUUUUGUGUUUAAAUCAGCUGAUAACUAACUCUGGUAACUGUGUGAAGCCUUAGGGUAGGACUACACAGACAUUUUCGGCGCAAUUCGACUCGCUGCAACAAAUGGCAUGCAACGGAAAUAAUGUAAGAGAGAAAUGUCAGAUGAAGUUGCAGCGCUGAUCCGAUGCGACACGACUGUCCGAUGCAGACGCAGCAACUUCAUCCGACAUUUCUGUCUCGUACCUUAUUUCUGUCGCAUGUGUUUUUGUAUCGCUCCGAAUACGUCUGUGUAGUCUUACCCUUAAUCCAUCAGAGCUUUGCACCAUCCUGCAACCAUGGGGUGAAGACAUUGAGCGACCAGAGACUAUAAUUAACUGGGGGGCAGCAACAAAGGUUUUAAAAGCGAGUAAAAUGAAUAGAAUACUAUAAAAUACACGUGUCCGUAUCUGAUGAUGCUCUGCUGUUGCUGCCUACAGUAAAAAAUCAGCUAUAGCAAAAGCCUUUUCAUUAUGAUAUCAUUUUAUAGGGAUGCACCGAAUCCAGGAUUCGGUUCUGGAUUCGGCCCUUUUCAGCAAGAUUCGGAUUCGGCUGAAUCCUUCUGCCCAGCCGAACCAAAUUUGCAUAUGCAAAUUAGGGGCGGGAAGGGAAAUCACGUGACUUUUUGUCACAAAACAAGGAAGUAAAACAUGUUUUCGCCUUCCCAACCCUAAUUGGCAUUUGCACAUUAGGGUUCGUUAAUCGGCUGAAUCUUUUGCAAUGGAUUGAGCCGAAUUCAAAAUAGUGGAUUCGGUGCAUCCCUAUUAAUUUUAAAACACUAGGACCCAAGAACAUAUGACGAUGCUUAUAACUGUAACUAGACAGAGAUCAGGCUGCUUUGUCAUGUGACACAACCACCAUAUAUUAUGAUCUUAAAGGCCGUGGUUCACCUUUACCUUAACUUUUAGUAUGUUAGAAUAGCUAAUUCUAAGCAACUUUUCAACUGGUCUUUAUUUUUUUUAUAGUUUUUAAAUUGUUUGCUUUCUUUUCAACUUCCAAAUGGGGGUCACUGAUCCCAUCUAAAAUCAGAUGCUCUGUAAGGCUUCAUACACAUUUAUUGUUAUUUCUUACUUUUCUAUUCUAUUCAGGCCCUCUUCUAUUCAUAUUCCCGUCUCUUAUUAAAAUCAGUUCAUGGUUUCUACCCUAGCAACCAGAUUGCUGAAAUUGCAAACUGGAGAGCUGCUAAAUAACUCAAAAACCACAAGUAAUAGAAAAUUAAAACCAAUUGCAAAUUGUCUCAGAAUAUCACUCUCUACAUCAUACUAAAAGUCAAUUUAAAGGUGAGCAACUCCUUCAAUCAAACAAGAUUUUUGUAUUGUUCGCCCCUUUCAUCCCCUAACUACCCGCAUAAAUGUGCCACACUUCUCCAUGUUUCUUAUAAUAAAUGUUUUUUUUAUUUACUAUUA